AUGGUGAAGAUUGUGCUAAAGAAGAAGACAACCAAAGAAACCAAGAAACCACCAACACCACCACAUGAACCAACACCACCACAAUCACCAAUCCAAUCACCACCCCGACAACCUACACCACCACAACAAUCCUCACCACCUAAACAACCAACACCACUAAGACAACCAUCACCUAUUCAUCAUUCACCACUACAUCAUUCACCACCACCACAACAAACCCUUCUUACUUCGCAAGAAAUUUUUCAAACACCUCCACUCACCCAAGGUCAACUAACACCUGGUUCUGCGGGGUACCGAAACUUUCCAAAUGUUCCUUCAAAUUUGAAUGUGAGCCUUGAUGAUGAUGGAGAUUUUGAUUUCGCAAACACCUCACAAGUAAAGAAUGUUGAAAAGAAGGUUGAUGAAGUGAUUGCUGAGAACAAGAAAGUUAUAGAUCAUGAAAGAAUUCUAGAAAUGUGUGUGAAGAGGUUGGAGAAUGAUAACAAAGAGUUGGUGAAAAAUAUUGAUUCUGAUCAGUCAGAGAUAGACAUCUUGAAAGUAAGAAUUGCUGAGCUUGAAGAAGAAAAGGCUCGACGAGAUGAGCAAAAUGAAUACUUCAAGUUGAAGAACAAAGAAUUAGAAGCAGCUAAAGCGUUCAGAGAUCAUGAGUUCUAUAUGCUGAAUAAAGUUGUUGAAAGCAUGCUCGGAACGUCUGUAGAACAAAAGUUUGAAGAGCUGCAAGUUGAAGAGCUCAGAGCGCAACGUCAAGCCGAGAUAGAUGAACAAAUGAAAGAAAAGGGUAAUGGAGUUGAAGGAAGUUCUGCAGUGACAGAAAGAUCGAUUGUUCCUUCCAUGGUCGUUGAAAAUCCCGAUCCUAUCUCUGCUGUUUCUGGUCUUUUUGAGGAUUAUACUCCUCUUGAUGAGUUGAUUGGUAAUAGUGAUGAAGAUGAUGAUGAGGAGGAUGAAGAGGAAGAUGAAAAAGAUGAGAAAGUCUAUUCUGCGAGCAGUCAUGGUUCUGGUAAAGACGAUGAUGACGAUGAUGCUCAGGGUGGUACAGGGUUGAAGGUUACUGAGGCUUCUACUGAAUAG